GCACACCCUUGUAUACUGCGCACCCUUGUAUUAUACGCACCCAUGUAUACUGCGCAUCCUUGUAUAAUACGCACCCUUGUAUUGUGCACACCCUUGUAUAAUACGCACCCUUGUAUUAUGCACACCCUUGUAUUAUGCACACCCGUGUACACCCUUGUAUUAUGCACACCCUUGUAUAAUACGCACGUGAUAGUUGUAGAAAUCAAAAACUAA